GAGCAUCUGUGAAUGACGGAACCGGCUCCGCCUAAAUCCGUUGGGCUGGGAAGAGGAGGGGACGAACAGUCGACAAGGAGAGAGAGAGUGUGUGUCUGAUAAAGGAGGGAGGAAUUGCUGAAGAAACAGACCAACUACGAUAAAACCCACAGAGCCACACCGGGGCUGAGAUUAUGACGUAGGCACGAUCCUCGAGCGUUCAGCGCAUCUAUCGCGCUCCUCAGCAAUUUAGUGAAGAGACUCGCCGGCGCGCGUGAAGCUCGGAAGCAGCUGCGCUCAAGCAUCCUCGCCUUAUUAAGUGCGUCGGUGACGAAAGCUAUCGCGUGCGCGUAAAUUCAGCACUUGGUUCACGAGACAGCCCCGGUGUGUCGGCUUCCCUAACUGGACUCAAUUUCAAGAGCAGUUCUUUCAGUACUUUUUAGAACACUCUCGCACGCAUGAACAUUAGAAGAGUCAUCAUAUUUCUUGCUUUCAUCUAACUGCAAUCCAUAGUCUGGGACCUUCUCCACUAAAUAUGUACCAGGGGCAUUUGCAGGGGAAAGACUCUAGGGCUGCAGAUAAGACCGUUGCCAUGGUCCUGAAGGAGAUACCCAAUAAGGCGUCCUCAGAAGGCAAGCCCCUCCUCACGAUGACAAACAAGCUGGUGAGUGAGCAACAAGAGAGCCGUCCCUUGCUGAGCCCUUCCAUCGAUGAUUUCCUCUGCGAGACCAAGUGUGAUGGAGCUGCCCGCCCAGUAACCUCCAACACAGCAGUACUCUCCUCCUCUCUGGACCUGCUGGAUCUGAGUGAGCCUGGUGAGAGAAGACACAGCAAAGACAGGAAGAGCCCUCUUUCUACUAAGGGCACACCAUACAGGAAGAAGCCUGAUGAAACAGAGCUGAUCCAAGUGGAUGUUGAACAGAGUAUACCCUGUUCCCGCACACCUGAAAAGAUUUCAUUGGACUCAGUAGCAAUUCCAUCUUCUUUGGAGAAAUGGGAAGAACUCAACCCACACCGGGAGCGAAAUGGGAGCAGAAAGUGGAAGCUUGAGAGAAGACGUUCAUCAAAAAAUUCUGGUGAAUUUGUGUGGUCUAUGGACUGCAAGACUCAGCUAGACACUGCCCCCAGGAACUCCCUGGAGGUCAAUAAUAAAGUAGAGGCGGAAGCCGUGCCAGUGACUCAACUCAAAAGGCAAUAUGUUAGUGGAAGACAUGGCCGUUUGAGCAAAGACCAAAGGUGGGGUAGCACACUCCUGUCCAGAAACCAGUCUCUGGAGGAAGAGUUUGAGAGAGCUAAGGCAGCAGUGGAGUCAAGCACUAUUUUUUUCGAUAAGAUGCAGGCAGAGUGGGAAGAGCUCGCUCGCAGGAACUGGCUAACAGAGAAUGAUCAACCACAGAUUCCCUCUAAUGUGUCUCCUUAUGAAAAGGGGUACUACUUCCACACAGAUAACCCUUUCAAAGACUGGCCAAAUGCAUUUGAGGAGGGAUUACGCAAGUCCAGAGAGGGAGACCUGCCUAACGCUGUACUUCUUCUGGAAGCAGCUGUGCUGCACGACCCUCAGGAUUCGGAGGCUUGGCUGGUGAUGGGAACCACGCAAGCAGAGAAUGAGAAUGAGCAGGCAGCAAUUGUCUCCCUCCAGAGGUGUCUGGAGCUCCACCCCAACAACCUCCAGGCCCUCAUGGCCCUGGCAGUGAGCCUGACCAACACGGGCAUGAGGCAGGAAGCGUGUGAGGCGCUGCUGAGCUGGAUAAGGCACAACCCCAAAUACAAGCAACUUCUGAAGAGCCGCACACACCUGCAGGCCUCACCUGGUUCACGGAGACCCUCCUACCCUUCCGCAAUGGGCUGCACCCUGCUGCCCGAGGUGAAGGAGCUGUACCUGGAAGCUGCCCAGCACAACUCGGACACGAUCGACCCAGACCUGCAGACAGGGUUGGGAGUGCUGUAUAACCUCAGCUCCGAGUUCAACAAAGCAGUGGAAGCCUUCAACGCAGCGCUGUCAGUGCGGCCGGAGGACUACCUGUUGUGGAAUCGGCUGGGGGCGACGCUGGCUAAUGGAGAUCGCAGCGAGGAGGCUGUGGAGGCCUAUACCAGAGCCCUGGAGCUGCAGCCCGGCUUCAUCCGCUCACGUUACAACCUCGGUAUCAGCUGCAUUAACAUGGGCUCUCACAGGGAGGCAGCCAGUAAUUUCCUGACGGCUCUUAGCCUGCAGAGGAAGAGCAGGAGUCGGCAGCUUUCGCACCAGGUCAUGUCUGGAAGCAUCUGGGCGGCCCUGCGGAUAGCGCUGUCCAUGCUGGACCAGCCGGAGCUCUUUCAAGCUGCUAACAUAGGAGACCUGGACUUACUCAUGAGAGCUUUUAACCUGGAUAUGUGAGCGAGGAUACCCUUUAACCAUGUCAAAUAUCCAAACUCCUUUAUGAGAAGAACUUUGUCAGAAAAGCAACCUUUGUUUCGCAGAGCACCUUUACAUUCCUGAGAACUGAGUGCUAAAUAAUAAUACUAUUUUACUAGAUUUGCACAUCAGUUUAAGGUUACCCUAAAGAGCACAAAGCCGGGUGAAGAUUGUACAAGUAUGCCUUAGAGAAAAUAUCAGCUAGACCUGCAAAGUAACAGUGGGAAUCGGAGGAAACCACAAUUGAUGAGAGGAACGCAGACUAUAAAUGUGCAAGAACAACAUUGGCUUCACAUUAAUGAUUUGAUUAGACGUACUGUACUGCGUAGACUUCAUGUAUUGGUUCGAUUGCACUCUUUAUUUGAGAUGGUGGGGUUAUUAUCCAUUUUGGUGGCACUUAGUUCAAACCUGGACACUCCUCACCUGAUCUCUGCUGCAUCAUCCCCUUUAUUUCCUGGAGCUUGCAGACCAGAUUAAAAAGCCUUACUUGUCUUGCAUUUAAAAUAAAUAAUUGAGAUGUUAUCGGUAUGAUACCAGAUAAAAGCCAUUCCUUGCCAUACUUUGACCUCUUGAUGUAGAAGUCUAUUUUCCAUCAAGGUCUUUUUGUGAAACAUACCACAUCUUUGAAAUGUUAUGCUGAUUAUUUCACAAAAUUCAAUGCACUGCCCCUUUUGCCACAGUUAUCAGCCUGGGAUUGACAGGAAAACAAGAAACUGCCCAAAAUAUGAGCCAAACUAUUUGUGAGCUUCACAGUUUUAUACCCUAAUAUUGUUGUGUUCCUCAUAUUACUUGUUAUGGUUCAUCUUCAGCUUGCAUGAUGUUUUAUUUUGCUCAUCAGUGUGAACAUGCAAGUGCUUAAUGUUGCAUAUACGCUUCAAGAAAAGUCCUACAUUUAAAAAUGCUAUGCAAAACCUAUAGUUUUUUUUUUCAUGCAGCCGGAAGCAGAAGAAAAGCCUAAAGCACCAGAAAGCUGUACUUGCUUUGUCACAUUUUGUGUUUUAAGGUGUAAACUGGUAGGUAGAAGGUAUAAGAUCUGGUAGUCCCCUGUAGAUGGUUUAGUGUAUUUUAAGACUACAUCUACAUUAAUCCAGAUACAUCUGAAAAUGUCUUUUUCUCAACAUUUUGGCAUUUCGUCCCCACUGAGGUGCUGUUUUUGUUCUGUGAAAACAGCUUUUAGAAGAUUCUGACGAUAGUCGAUACAUUUGAAAAUGCCACAAAUUUGUGGAAUAAAACGUUUUCGCAUGGCAAUGUGAAAUGUGAAAAUGGACACAUUCGAAUAUGAUAUUUGACACGUUUAGUCAUGUGACACGUUGUAGCUAUACAUACCAACAUGUGCCAGCUAUGUGCUAUUCACCUGCACAUUAAAGAUAUUAAAUUCUUUACUAUCUCUAUAUUACAUUACUGCAAAAAUAAAAAUUUACUCGCAAUUGCUGUCCUGCAGCAAAUCAUGAGGACAGUUGUGACGCCAUACAUGAAAUAGCAAUUGAGUGCGACCUGGACACACCAUUAAGUGGUGAAAUAUUUUGCUAAGAAAAUGAUUGUGCACGAAGAAUAGUGUGAGAACUUUAUAUGUGGUCUCUCGGAUUCAUCUCAGUGAGCUGAAACACAUCAGCUCAGUUAUGCAUGCAUAUUGAGAUGAUUUAAAGGGACAGUUCUCCCCAAAAUAAAAAAUUCUGUUAACAUUUAC